AUGAAAAUCACCAACUCAAUUAUUUUAGCUUAUUUAGCUACUUUAUCAUUAGCUGCUCCUGCUAUUAACAACAAUGACGCUCAUAAACAUGGUAAACUUGUUAAAAAAGAUGAUCAAGAUUGUGCUCAAGCCAAUUUUCAUGGUCAUCAUAAACAUAAAAGAGCUGUUGUUUAUGAUUAUGCUUAUGUUACUGUUACUGUUGAUGCAAAAGGUAACCCUGUUACAACUGUUGAACCAACUACUAUUAUUGAAUCCACCGGUGAAGCUUCUGAAUCUUCAUCGACUUCAAUUAAUGUUUCUUCAACUACAACAAUUGUUCAAAAUGAUUCAUUAACUUCAAAUGAACCUGCUACUUUAACUCCAAGCUCAUCUCCAAGCUCAAGUAGUGCUCCAUCAUCACCAAAUAAUGGUAUUCAAGGUGAUUUAGGUUAUUUCCAAAAUCCAACUAAAGAAUUUCAAGAUGGUGUUUUAUCUUGUGAUGAAUUUCCUUUAGGUCAAGGUGUAAUUGCAUUAGAUCAUUUAGGUUUUGGUGGCUGGUCAGGUAUCUAUAAUACUGAUACUUCAACCGGUGGUACUUGUAAAGAAGGUUCUUAUUGUUCUUAUGCUUGUCAAAGUGGUAUGUCAAAAACUCAAUGGCCUGAUGCACAACCUGCUAAUGGUGUUUCUGUUGGUGGUUUAAUUUGUAGAAAUGGUAAAUUAUAUAAAACAAAUUCAAGAUCAAAUUAUUUAUGUGAAUGGGGUAUUGACAAAGCUGAUGUUGUUAAUAAAUUAUCACAAACUGUUGCAAUUUGUAGAACUGACUAUCCUGGUACUGAAAAUAUGGUUAUUCCAACAGUAGUUGAUGGUGGUUCAACUUCUCCAAUUACUGUUGUCGAUCAAGGUACUUAUUAUACAUGGAGAGGUGGUGCAACUUCUGCUCAAUACUAUGUUAAUAAUGCAGGUCUUGAUUGGAAAACUGGUUGUACAUGGGGUACACCAGGUUCUGGUUAUGGUAAUUGGGCUCCAUUGAAUUUUGGUGCCGGUUAUGCAAAUGGUAUUGCUUAUUUAUCAUUAAUUCCAAAUCCAAAUAAUUAUGAUUCUUUAAAUUUUAAAGUUAAAAUUGAAGCUGAACAAGGUGGUGUUGUUAGUGGUUCAUGUGUUUACCAAGAUGGUAAAUAUAAUGGAAAUGGUAGUGAUGGUUGUACCGUUGGUGUUACCUCAGGUAAAGCUAAUUUUGUUUUAUACAAUUAG